CCCUCCCUUCCCUUCCCUUCCCUUCACACGCUCUCUCUCUCUCUCUCCACCUCUACAUAAAGCCCGGCCAGGCCAGAGACCACUGCUCUGAAGAAGAGAAGGAAAAGAGACAUGCCACCCACCAUUUGGUCUUUCUCACUUCUUUAUAAGUGAUCCCAUCCCAUCCCUACAUCCAUCCAUCCAUCCAUCCCGUCCUGCGCUUUCUCCUCCUUCUUCCUCGUUGGAUUGGUAUUGGUUUUGGCAUUCGUAUUCAUUCCUCGGAUCGAUUGAUUUGAUUACCUUAGCCCUAAUUUUCUCUCUCCGCCUCGACUCUCGGCGCCAUGGCCGUGCGCCUCAGGAGGAGUUGGUUCGUUGGUUAGUUAGUUCUCACUAUGAUCGUCGAUCUGCCCUCCCUCGUAGCCACCUCACGAUGAAUCCCCGCCCCAAAUUUAGAUCGCCGCCUCCCUUCGCCGCCUCUCCUUCCUCGCCCACUAAGACUGCCAGUCCCAAAAUGCCCCGGAAAUCUUACCUCCGCCCCACGCUCAUCCUCGGAUGUCUCUUCUUCUUCUAUGCCCUCUACACCUUCCUCUUCUACGCCCCUCCUUCCCCGACAGCCAGAGUUAACCUUGACAAGGAGUUUGCCACCAGCAGCUCAACUGACACUAAUGCCAAUUCAAAUGCAAAUGCAAAUGCCCAGGUGAAGAUAUACAUGUAUGAUUUGCCCCGACGAUUUACGUACGGAGUCGUGGAGAGCUACGCAGCCGCGCGAGGCGGGCAUGCCCUAGGGAAAGAUGGUUUGUUCAAGUAUCCCGGACACCAGCACUCCGCCGAGUGGCACCUCUUCUCCGAUUUAAAUCGUCCGGCUCACCAGCGAAUCGACGCUGCCGUAAUUCGGGUGAUGGACCCCGAAGAGGCUGACCUUUUCUACGUACCCUUUUUCUCCUCGUUGAGCCUCGUUGCUAACCCAAUUCGACCCGCUACUACUGUCAACGGAUCCUUGCCUACUCCUGCAUAUAGCGAUGAUGAAACCCAGGAAUCUUUGAUGGAGUGGUUGGAAGAACAAGUAUAUUGGAAGAGAAAUAACGGAUGGGAUCAUGUAUUCAUAUGCCAAGAUCCCAAUGCUCUGUACAAAGUUAUCGAUAGGGUGAAGAAUGGGGUGUUACUGGUGUCCGAUUUUGGGAGGCUGGCUAGAAAUCAGGCAUCCCUUGUGAAGGAUGUGAUCCUGCCUUAUUCACACCGGAUUAAUACAUACAAGGGGGAUAUUGGUGUUGAAAAUCGCAAGACAUUGAUGUUCUUUAUGGGGAAUCGCUACCGGAAAGAGGGUGGCAAGAUUCGGGACUUGCUUUUCCAAGUGCUCGAGAAUGAAGAGGAUGUUAUAAUCAAACAUGGGGCACAGUCUAGGGAGAGUCGUCGUGAGGCGUCACGUGGCAUGCACACUUCAAGGUUUUGUUUGCAUCCAGCUGGUGAUACUCCAUCAGCUUGCCGACUUUUUGAUGCUAUUGUAAGCUUGUGCAUCCCUGUGGUUGUCAGCGACCACAUAGAGUUGCCGUUUGAAGAUGUCAUAGACUACAGCAAAAUAGCUGUCUUUGUUGAUUCCAACACUGCGGUAACACCUGGGAACUUGGUGAAAUUGUUAAGGGGAGUUAGUGCAGAGAAGAUAGUGGAGUUCCAGAAGGAACUAGAAAAGGUAAGGAGGUAUUUUGAAUAUGAGGAUCCAAAUGGGAAUGGGGAUGGGGAUGGGGGGGCGGUGAAACAAAUAUGGAGGCAAGUUUCUAUGAAGGUGGGACUUAUAAGAGUGAUGAUCAACCGUGAGAAGCGAAUGGUGGCGCGCCAGAGGGAGAGGGGACUCGACGACUGUGCGUGCAUCUGCUCCAACUACUCUGGUCUCUCUGUGGUAGGCCUGUGACUGUGACUGACAGAGGUAUUGAUGCUCUCUUUCUCUCUCUCAAACUCACACAAUCACACACACAAGAGCAAUCAAUAAUGUGGUAAUGGUCUGCAUUUAUUUCACAUGACAUAUAUGUAUAUAUAUAUAUAGAGAGAGAGAGAGAGGGAUGUGGUUUUGGGUGUGGUCGUGGUUUUUGGUGUGGUGUUUGCAGGGUUGGGGGAUGGCGGGAUUCAGUUCUUUUCUGUGCGUGUGUGUGUGUGUGUGUCUCUCUCUCUCUCUCUCACCGAGGGAUCUCCUCCUCCUCCUGUCCAUUCUGUUGUGCUGUGUUGUGUUGCUUGCAUUGCAUGGGAAGAUUAAUACUAGGUAGGUAGAGGUAGGUAGGUAACUGAAAAGGCACAACUGGUUUUACUAUGUAGUGUUGCUCCGGACACGCCCCCCUCCCCUCCCUGGAAUAAAAAUAAGUACUUUCUUCAAGCGACAUUAAUCACUUACUUACACUCAGCAAUUAAAUCAUCCUUCUUUGUUGGC